CUCGCGGCUGGCGGGUGCGCUACAGCCCGCUGGUGCAGGACCUCGCAAUGGCAGCUGCCGGAGUGCUGCCUGCUGCUGGUGGUGGUGGUGGUGGGUUGAGCACCUCCGCCAGCAUCAGCAGCAUCAGCCCCCCAGGCGUCAGGGGUGGUGUUGCCCCCCCUCCUCCUCCCGCUGCCCCUGCCGCCCGGGUCCACUUUGCCGCCCUGGACGCCAACCAGAUGCUGGACCUAGUGGUCUCCCUGGCCGACCUGGGGGUGUAUCCGGGGGAUGGCUGGAUGGCGGCGCACGAGCAGCGCAUGGCAGCUCUGGCAGGAGGGGGA